AUGGGCUUGAACGGAAUUCGUACCGCUGGCAAGGUGAGCUUGGACAAGCCGGCAGACCAACAGGAAGUACUCCAUAACAGAUGGCAUCCUGACAUUCCCUUCGCUGGAACAAUCAAAGAUGGUGAGACCGUCAAGAUUGAAUGUGUCGAUUGGACCGGUGGGCAAAUCGGGAACAAUGACAGCGCCGACGAUAUGCGGAAAGUUGACCUGACCAAAAUCCACUAUCUCACUGGCCCCUUUGAGGUUGAGGGUGCCCAACCCGGGGACUUGUUGCUUGUUGAAAUCAUGGAUGUCCAACCAUUCCAGGACCAACCUUGGGGGUUUACUGGUGUCUUUGACAGGAGAAAUGGAGGUGGCUUUUUGGACGAGAUCUACCCAUCCGCCGCAAAGGCCAUUUGGGACUUCGAGGGCAUCUAUUGUACCUCGCGCCAUAUUCCUCACGUCAAGUUCGCAGGUCUCAUUCAUCCAGGCAUCCUAGGUUGUGCGCCUUCCGCUGAAGUGCUGGAGACCUGGAACAAGCGCGAGGGCGAGCUCAUCGCGGCGAAUAAACUUGAUAGAGAUGUUGCGCAGCCGCCCAACGCGACUAAUGUUCAUGCCGGUGGAGCUGAUGCUGUCAUCAAGGAGAAAGUCGGCCGGGAGGGCGCGAGAACGAUCCCUGGACGUCCAGAGCACGGUGGAAACUGCGACAUCAAAAACCUCAGUCGCGGAUCGAAGGUGUAUCUGCCCGUGCACGUCGCUGGAGCCAAGUUUUCCGUAGGUGACUUGCACUUCAGUCAGGGCGACGGUGAGAUUUCGUUUUGUGGUGCCAUUGAGAUGGCAGGCGUCAUCACCGUCAACUUGAAGGUUAUCAAGAACGGUGUAGGAGACCUGGGACUCAAGUCACCUAUUUACAUUCCUGGGCCUGUCGAACCACAGUUUGGGCCAGGACGCUACAUAUACUUUGAGGGCUUUUCGGUUGAUGAGCAUGGCAAGCAGCAUUAUAUGGACGUGACUGUUGCGUAUCGACAAACUAUUCUUCGUUGUAUGGAGUACCUUAAGAGGUUCGGAUACAGUGAUUACCAGAUAUACCUCUUGUUAUCAUGCGCGCCUGUCCAGGGUCACGUUGCCGGCAUUGUGGAUAUUCCAAAUGCUUGCACCACCUUGGGCCUGCCAAUGGACAUAUUCGAUUUUGACAUAUCACCGUCCGGCGUCGCGAAGGCUCUCGAUAUGGGCACGUGCGUGUUUGAAACAGGUGUGAAAGCAGGCAAGGUGACAGAAAGCGUGAAGAACAGCGAGCACAGUUUUGGAGGUGGUUUGACAUACAAGGCAACUGUUGUGGACAAGGUCAAGGAUGCCGUUUCUACGUCGUAG